AUGAAGAGCCGUCUGGUCACGUGGGGGUUGGCCGUCCUCUGCAUGCUGCUUGCUAGCCACCUCUCCAUGGCCAAGGGGAGGGGCAUAAAGCACAGGUUCAAGUGGAACCGGAAGGCCCUCCCUAGCAGCGGCCAGAUCACUGAGGCCCGGGUGGCCGAGAACCGCCCAGGAACCUUCAUCAAGCAAGGCCGGAAGCUGAACAUCGACCUCGGAGCGGAGGGCAACAGGUACUACGAGGCCAACUACUGGCAGUUCCCGGAUGGGAUCUACUAUGAAGGCUGCUCUGAUGCCAACGUGACCAAGGAGAUGCUAGUGGCCAGCUGCAUCAACGCCACCCAGGCGGCCAACCAGGCUGAGUUCUCCCUGGAGAAGCUGGAGAGCAAGCUCCACCAGCGAGUCCUGUGGCGGCUAAUCAAAGAGAUCUGCUCCACCAAGCGCUGCGAGUUCUGGCUGGAAAGGGGCGCGGCCCUGCGGGUCGCCGUGGAUCAGCCAGCGAUGGUCUGCCUCCUGGGCUUCAUCUGGUUCUUUGUGAAAUAAGCCGC